UCUGGUUUACAGACUGGACACUUUAUAAGAAAACCUUACAUAAAAGCAGCCCCUCCACUGCAGUCACUACUCUUUGUCAUCAAUAAAACUGCUGUGUCUUCUUGACAUCUUCACCACUGACUACAGAUUAUAUAGCAUCAGUACUCUGUCCACAUCGCACCUACACACAGGUGGAGGGUUGUCAGGCCCCUGCAGCCACAGGGCCAACAUGUGACAGAAGUAUGGACACAACACCCACUGCUUCCCAGCCUCACAUGCCUGGUCCUGGACCUGCUGGUGUGAGGAAUGUGAAGCAUGCUUUCACCCUCUGCUGUGAAGAGAAAAAUUCGGCUGCCCUGUUGUCACUGGAAGAGCAGAAUGACGCGGUGACCGCAUGGCGCAAGCUGUGGAUUUGUUUAUGUCCUCUUGCAUGUGCAGGAGAUGCUGCAGUUUGUUUACCGAUGAGAUGUUCAGGGGACACUCUGUCGAUUUCCCCUUGAAUAGCUUUAUGCAUGGCACAGUUUUUCAAGCUCCUCUUUGAAGGAGUCCACCAUGCUGACACACAGGAGUUGUCUCCUACAGGGAGAAGGUCGUACGUAGUUUCAGGGAACAGUAAGUCCAGAGAGAGGGGCUGGUGGGCAUCGAGGCCCAGGUCUGAGACCCCUGGCUGGGCUGCAGAUAAGACGGGCCACUACAGAAACCAGCACCAACCAGAAGAGUCAGAUCCAGACCUGCUAAUGGAGGAGGGACACGACAAUUCUACACAGAUUGUGGUAGAUUUAUUUACAACUAAAGAGAGGCAUUCGCUUGAUAACAUUGAUCACGCCUACUACACAUCAAAAAUCUACACUUCUGGAGACGCAGCCAGAAAAGAGCUGUGGGUGAAUAUUGAUGAGAUGGAAGAGGGUGAGUGUAAGGUCUGUGGCUUCCUGUCCAGCACCCACAGACAAGCUGAGAGAGUGAAUCUUUCCUUCGACUUCCCUUUCUAUGGUCAUAUACUAAAAGAAGUCACAGUGGCAACUGGGGGUUUCAUUUACACCGGAGAUGUAACCCACCGAAUGCUCACAGCCACUCAGUACAUCGCCCCUCUGAUGGCCAACUUCGAUCCAAGUCUGUCCCAAAACUCUACUGUGUUUUACUUUGAUAAUGGCACUGCAUUGGUGGUUCAGUGGAACCGGAUUCACCUACAGGACAACAUCGGUCUAGGACCUUUCACCUUCCAAGCCGUUGUGCACAGCGACGGGCGCAUCGUCUUUGCAUACAAAGAGGUUCCUGUAGAUAUCAGCGACAUCAGCACCAAGAAUCAUCCCGUCAAAGUGGGCUUGUCGGACGCUUUUGUGGUGCUUCACGAGAUAGAACAGAUCCCCAAUGUUCGUCGGAGAACCAUUUACGAGUACCACAAGGUCGACAUUCUCAAGUCCAAAAUCGCCAAUUCUACAGCUGUGGAGAUGCUGCCUCUCCCAACAUGUCUUCAGUUCUCCAGCUGUGGUCCAUGUGUCACUUCUCAGAUCGGCUUUAACUGCAGCUGGUGCAGUCGGCUACAAAGAUGCUCCAGUGGUUUUGAUCGGAACCGGCAGGACUGGGUUGACCUCGGCUGCCCGGAGGAGAGAAGAGAUCCCCAGUGUCUCCAAAUGACAGACGUCACAAACGCCACAUCUCACCUCCUCACACGCACAACCGCUCCCGUUACGCCGACCACCGUGCCGCACAGGACCUCCGGCAUGACCUCCACCCCCGUCAGCAAGGCGUCCCCUGUCACCCACCCCUCAACACGCAGCAGCACAAGCAGAAGAAUUAUAUCCACCCCCCAGCCUCCGACCAGCAAACCUACUGAAGAUGGCACAAAGAUGUCUUUGCACAUCAGUGAAGCACCAGAUGACAAGGAGACCUCAGGAGACGGCGAUGAGCGGCUGCAGAUUGGUCUACUGACAGGCAUCGUCAUGGUGAUGGUCGUCAUGGCAGCAGCCAUCCUGUUGUCUGUCUACAUGUACAACCACCCGACCUCCAGCGCCAGCCUCUUCUUCAUGGAGCGGCGACCAACCCGCUGGCCAAUCAUGAAGUUCAGGCGCGGCUCUGGUCACCCCUCUUACGCCGAGGUGGAGGCUCCUGGUCAGGACAAAGACGGCACGGCGGUCAUCGACCCCAAACAGUCUUUCGCCAUGUCAGACAGGAGAGAGAGUGAACAGAAAGAAGGAUUCAUAGUUCCUGAUCAGAGGGAGCGCUUCCUAGUCUCAGAGAGCUCCUAACCAAAACUACGUAUCCCAGAGGUCUCUCGGGAUCUUUACGUGAAGAAGGGUUCCCUCUUGGAAGGCAGAGACUUCAUUUCCAUUCAACUGUUGCUCAAGCUCAUUAUAAGAAUUUGAGCAUUCUGGGAGGAAAACACCAAACCUCUAUGAGGAAACUGUAACUACAGAGUAUUUUCAGCAACAGUUUGGCUUCAUGUUUGCUUUAGCUCAGUGAACCACUGGACUGUUGUACUGCGUAACGGGCAAAGGAUUAAAAACUCAUUUUUAGGUCGCUCAGGUCACUCAUUUGUGUUUACCGCAGGCUCCCGAAGGGCGAGAGAUGCUGCUGCUGAAUGUUAAUUUUUGAGACCACUUCUCUCAGAGACGGCUCAGUUGUGAUGUGUCGUUCACACACCUUCUUCACAGGCAGGAAUGUCAUAUUUGGGUGUCACUUCCUCAUCUCAAAAAUACAGACUAAAUUCCUCACCGUAACACCCACCUUCAUCCGAGGGGCAAACAGGGUGCAGAGUGUUUCCACUGUUGUUUAUCUCAGAGCACUUUUUUUUUUCUUUUUUUACAGUGAAGCGAAUGUCUGCAACUUUUUGAAUUUUUACUUUAUUUUCUGAACUUACCAAUGAAGGCAGAAAAUAAAAAUAUGUAUACUACUACAUUACAUACAUCCAUAGCCAUGGAAAAAUACAGAUUUAUAUUUAUUUUAGACAUGGCACAGCCUCAGGAUUUUUCUGACAUGCAAUGAUUGUGUCUAUAUUUAUGAUCUAAUGGUAAACAGUGUAAAUUGCAGGUUUUAGUAGCUCUAUUGCUGAUCAGUUUAGUGACUCUAAGUGCCUAAGUGACUAAUGAUGUUAAAAUGAAGUCUAACAAUAUCAUUGUCAUUCUUAUUAAAACAGGGUUUUCUUUUUGUGCA